UUACUGCCCCAGGAUGGUGAAAUCACAGAACUGAACCUCUGGGAUUCUGUGCAGCGCUGCCAAGAAGGAUGGCAAGGCUCUCAAGACGAAGCUCGGCGUAGAAGGUACGUGCUCCGUCCCCAGUGAGAAGUGACGCUGUCGAAGACUCUAUAACUGACACUGCACACAGAGGAGCGGUUAAUGAAGGGAAGAAGCACUGUGAGCAUGUGCGUCCUGCAUUACAAGAUUCCACUACAGGACGUAACCAACAGCAACUGAAAUAAAAAUGGAUUUGCCACAGGGUACAAUGGUAUACCGUUAGAAGAGGGAAAGAGAAGUUGGACAACCAUGGGCUUUCAAAAUAUGACGGGGCUUUUCUACCCCAGCCAAACUCUGGGCGGACCUCACACGGACAUAGAAGAUAUUAUUACUUCUCAGAACGUCAUCUCAAGGGUCAUGCACAGCUACCUUGGCAUACUGGUCCCUCUUGGUUUACUGGCUGGUGUCUUCUGUGUGGCCAUACUAAUUAUAAACAAGAUGAAGCAUAACACACUGGAUAAUCUGGACUUCUAUCUUCUAGCGUUGGUGGUUACAGACAUUACAAUUGUCUUGUACUCUUUUACCUCAAACACAAGACCGGGCUAUCUAGAAAUUUCUAAUUUAAGUUGUGGGUUCCUAUCAUGUUUCUUCAAUGUGAGCUAUUUCUUCUCUCAGUACUUGCUGAUUUUAAUGUUCUUCGUCUUACUCCUCACAGAUGACUACACAUUUCAAAGUCAUCUGAGAUACACCUUUCUUACUCUAACAUUGUCAAUACUUAUGUCUGUAGUCAAUGCGUCACUGCUGGGAACCUAUCAUAAACUUCAAAAUAUAACAUACUGCCAGUUGGACCCAUUAAAUGCUAAACCAGAAUACGACAUCAUGAAGUUCACUGCUGGAUUUGGAGUCCCAACCCUCGUACUUCUCAUCUUUACCAUUCUAAUGAUUAUUCAAGCUCGGAAAGUGGAAAUGUCUGAGAAGAUCCAGGUUCACGUGGUUCUUUUAUGUCACAUUGCAGUUAUUUUUAUAUGUCGACUUUUCUACAACAUCAUGCUCAUCAGGAGAACUGUUCUAAAGAUUCAUGGCUUCUACAUGUCUCCUAGAGAGGAGUUAGUCCUGAACAUUGCAGAACUAGUAGUAUUUGGUGGAAGCUGUGUCAGACUUAUAUGCACACUUGUGCUGCAUAAACCAUGCAGGGAAGGUCUCAAGAAAUCGGUGCAAUUCUUAAUCAAUAAGUGUAGAAGAAAAGAAACGUCCAACAGUAUAAUCUAACCAUAUGUGGUCCUCAUCUGGAUUCUCAACCAUGUAAAAUAUUUACGUUAUAAGAGAAAAUAUCUAUCACAUGUAAUAAGCUAGAUAUGCAUAUCGAAGAGGUCAUUCCAAAAAAAUGUAUAUAGCCAUCCUCAGGGAUGUACAUACCAUAGAGUUAUGUUAUGUGUUUUGCUAUGUGGCUCCUGGUGAAGGUCUAUCUAGGUUGGCCUCUUCACUUGUUUUGCUAGGCAGUAAAAAACAAACAAACAGUCUAGUGAUCACCACUAUAUAGGUCCUACAAUCUUCCUGCAAAGAAACCUGUGAGGAAUCCACCCACAGAUCAUGGAAAGAAUAUGGGGGGCAAGCAAGCAUCAAGUCUUUCUGUUUCAGGUGGGUAGGGAUGUGCUGAUGUGAACCUGCACCAGAAGGGUCAUUUUUCUCAAGAUUAUUUAGGAAGAACUGAAGAUACACCUUCAGGUCUUGGUGCUUUGAGGAUACUGAAUUCUCCAAGCCUUAAAAAGGUUUUCCGGGAUUUAUGAUGAAAACAGAUGACCCAUCCUCUGAUUGGUGUGGGUCCGACUGCCGGAAGCCCUGCCAAUCAACUGUUUGAGAAGGCACUAGUGCGCGUAGUAGCACCACUGCCUUCUCUCAGCUGACCAAGCUUCAAUGGAGCUGGGCUGCAUUUAGGCCAUGUGACUGAUGAAUGUGUCAUCACAUGGUCUAGGGAAACCCGCGAGAAGGCCACAACGCUACUGUCAGCUCCGAUACCUUCUGAAAAAGCUGAUCAGCGGGAGUCUCUGGUGUCGGACCCCCAUCGAUCAGAUAUUGAUGAUCGAUAUCUAGCAGAUAGGUCAUCAGUUAAAAAUAUAAUUGAAAACCUUUUUAACCAGCAAUCUUUUCUCACACAAAAUGGAAUUAAAAUGCCAGCUGUCUAAUGGAAACCUGGCAGAUCCCAUUCUAAUCAAUACGGUUCUUCAGACGCUAUUAAUUUUAGUCAUGUGAUGGAGCCAGCAAAUGCUCUUUUUCUAGAAUGGAACAGAGAAAUGGAAAAAACUGGCGCAGAUGUGAACGCUGCCUAAUCCAGCAAACUCUUUGCCUCAUAAAUACAGUAUUAUACACUUUUUAUAUAUGUAUGUAAUAUGUAUUUCCAUCAGUGUUGUUACUUAAGUUGUAUUUGCUUUUACAGACUGUGUGAGGAUAAAGUGUCCAAUUUAUCAACUUGCAAAGCCGAAAUAAUACAGCUAUAAUGCUAUCUACACUGAAUAAAAAUAAA